CACCCGCCAACCUUCGCCCAACCCUCGCGCCAUCGCGUUGACCGUGUAUCACCUUGCAACUCACCACACCUGGACUGACGUCAAACAGAUCUCGCGUCGAAACACUUGGAAGCAGAGAGACUGCCUGGAAGUACCAUGUCACAAUACUACCCCCCUCCGCCGGGGGUGGACCGACGCAAGAACGCGUCGCGCAACUUUCCCCCACACCCACCUCCCAGCGAUGGAUAUGGCUUCGGCGACAGUUAUCGACCUCCUCCGCCACCUCCUCCCCCAUCCUACAACGCCCCACCUCCUCCCCCAUCAAACUACGAUUCCUACGCCCCUUCCAGUCACCGCGCCGACCAAGGAGCCCGUUAUUCCCGCAACGAUCGCUACGAGCCCUCGCGCCGUACUGAUGACCACCCGCUCCCUCCAAGACCCUCAGGCGACUCGUAUCCACCCCCCUUCCGCGGCUCUGACUCAUUCCGUGUCCCUCAGGGUGGCUUUGACUUUCGCUCGGAGAAACCCAGAGGCGUAGGUGAUUCGUACACCAGCUAUCGCCCCGACGAGGCCAGGUCUCGAACAGACCCGCCUCGUGGUCCCCCACGAGCUCCUCGUGGCGAUCGGCAAUCAUACAGACCAUACCGUCCAAACGGUCACUCAGGGCGCGGUGGUCACGCCCCGCGGCGACCUUGGAAGCCUUUUGUAGCAGCUGAACGUGCCAUCCUGCACACGACCGACAACCACAAGCCCACAGAAGACUUCGCAGACGCGCAGAAUGGUGUAACUUACAGGGCCCUCGAUCAGCUCUCAGAUAGUGACGAGGCUGACAUGGAUAUUUCGGAUGACGAGAACGACUCUGCGCAGCCGACUGCCAAGCGGGCACGCACGUCUGCCAACUCGGCCUCGGCUGAUGAAGCCCCCAAGUGGUCCAACCCAGACCCUUACACUGCUCUGCCUCCUGAGCAGGAUCAGGACAAGAAGAAGAAGGACGUUGUUCAAUUGAUCCGCAAGGCUCGUGUUGAACCUGCCAAGGGCACUAGGACUUCGCUUCUUGCGGACGAUGAAGACUUCAUUCGGUGCGACUCCGGGAGUGAGGACGACGGGGACGAAGAGGAGUUUAUCGAUCCCCUGACAUACAGCCGUCAGCGUGCAAGCAGUCAAGAAGCACCCCAGUCCACAGCCGCCGCGCAGGCUGCGCCAGCCUCCAGCUCGGUAUCCGGCAAAGCCUCCGCGGCUCCGGCUGCCAGCAAGACACGGAAGCGGGUUGACUUUGACAUGGACAUGCCGAAUUCGUCAGAUCUGGGCUCUCGCAAGCGCACGCAUGAUGACGUGUUGAAAUUGCCAACCCAUUCACAGCUCAAAUCGGCCCCCAAGAGACCUAGUGGGGGCUCUAUCGUUUCCGAUUGGCGACUCAAGAAAGGCGAGAAUCACUCGCCAUGGGUCACGGCGGCAAACCCGGCUGUUCAGGUCAAUGUCAGGUUUCACAUGGAAAUCAACGACUUCUAUGAUCUGGUGAGACCACGUGAGUUCGAAGACCGUCUUCGUGGCAACCUCGUCGACGAGUUGAAUCGCAUCAUCGAGAAGAACGGAAGUUGGGGAGGCCGUAAGCUGCACGCCUUUGGGUCCUUCAUGUCUGGUCUGUACUUGCCAACUGGUGACAUGGACCUUGUCUUGUGCUCCGACGCACUCCUCUCUGGAGGACAUAGCCUUCCCAUGGGCAUAAACGCGCUGAAGCAGUUCAAGAACUACCUUCGUAGCAACCGUGUGGCAGUCCACAACCAUUUCGAGAUGAUCCUGAAAGCAAGGGUUCCCUUGGUCAAGUAUGUGGACAGCACCACUGGGCUGAAGGUGGACAUCUCCUUUGAAAACCCCAGCGGUGUCGUUGCUAUCCAGACAUUCAAGGCGUGGAGAGAGCAGUACCCUGCCAUGCCCAUUCUUGUGACCAUCAUCAAGCAGUUCUUGCUGAUGCGUGGCCUCAACGAACCGGUGAAUGGUGGUAUCGGGGGCUUUUCUGUUAUUUGCAUGGUUGUCAGCAUGCUUCAGAUGAUGCCCCAGGUCCAGAGUGGUGACAUGGUGCCGGAACGCAAUCUUGGUUCUUUGCUCAUGCAUUUCUUCGACCUCUACGGCAACAGGUUCAAUUACAAGAUCACGGCUCUCAGGCUCAAUCCGCCUGGCUAUGUGAACAAGAACCAAGUCACUGCGUUCACCUACAGGAAUCCCAACCGCUUGUCCAUCAUCGACCCCAACAACUCCGCAAAUGAUAUCUCGGGCGGUUCACAGAACUACCCUCAGAUCAAGGCCUGCUUCGCUGAAGCGCACAAGCUCUUGCAAGAGAGGGUCGAGCGGAUCGCACGAGGCGAAAAGCAUGACAGCAUCCUCGAGACCAUCCUUGGCGGUAACUACGCCCAGUUCCGGGAGCAACGCAAUUACUUGCGCAAAGUGCAUCUUAAGGUCUUCGGCUACUGCGACGAUCGGCCGCUCAGAUCCAGCCGAAUCGGUACAGGAAUAGGAACGAUAGAGUGGCGUUCACGGUAUUCGGCGUUGGAGAGGCAUUCCGGUCCUUCGAAAACUUCUCGGACAAGAUCCCACGUCUUCUAUGAUCUUUGGUCGCGGCGUUUACGGUCACGGCGGCAAAUUACGUUUACGGGAUACCCUGCAGCAGCUAGAAUGCUGUCUGCCAAUAUUCAGCAGCCAAGGUGCUGCUGGAUUGCUGUUUUGUCUGCGGUUCUUAUCCCUUUCCCAAAAGACACUGCGUCUUGA